AUGACUAUUGCCGAUCCCAUCGAUGUGCUCUUUUCUGACCUGGAGCGUCAAUUUGUAUUGACAAGGGACGCAUUGGCUUCCAUUGUCCAUGGCUUCAUCAAGGAGCUCAACACGGGUCUCACCACGCCUUCAACCAAGCUGGCUACCAUGAUCCCGUCGUUUGUUACAAAACUGCCCACAGGCAAUGAGACAGGCACCUUCUUGUCGCUGGACAUGGGAGGCACUAAUUUGCGCAUCUCUGCUGUCGGGCUCAAGGGACACGGCCAAGUGGAGGUCCUGGAGCUGAAGCGUGUUGCAUCCAAGGAGCUCAAGACGGGGCAGGGUGAUAUCUUUUUUGAUUGGAUUGCUGAUACAAUGGAUGAAUUGGUACAUAUCAAGGCAAGACAUUUGUUUAGUCGUGAUCAGUUGGAAGGAAAAGAGAGCCUGGCGCUGGGCAUUUGCUGGAGUUUCCCUGUUCAUCAAGUUACCGUGAAUCGCGGCACAAUCUUGAGAAUGGGUAAAGGCUUCACAUUGACAAACACAGAGGGAAGAGACUUGUCAGACAUGUUACAUGAGGCAUUUGAACGCAAGGGCUUGAAUGUCAAGGUAAGCGCCAUUCUGAACGAUGCUGUUGGCACACUGGUUGCAGCUGCCUACGCCAACCCAAGGUCUCGCAUUGGGUUUAUCUUUGCCACGGGUGUUAAUGCAUCCUACCCCGAAAAAGUGUCUGCCAUGAAGGCCAAACUGGAGCCAGACUACUACAGCAGCCAAGACACUGAUGCAACAAUGCUGCUCAACACUGAGAUCGACAUCUUUGGUAGUGAGUCGUAUCUCCCCUUGACGUCGUAUGACAAGGCCUUGGAUGCCGCUCACAAUCAACCCAAGUUUCAACUGUACGAAAAGAUGAUGUCGGGUGCCUACAUGGGAGAGUUGGUCAGACUGAUUGCUUUGGACUUUAUCAAGGCGGGAGAACUGUUUGAUGGUAUUGUGCCUGAAGGAUUUGAUGAGCCCUACAGUUUCCCAACCAUGUAUAUGAGUGCUCUAGAGAGUGAUAACACAGUAAGCAAGAAGGAAAGCUUCAAAUUGCUCAGCAAGUUCCACUCUGUGCAAGCACCCACCUACCAAGACAUCAAUAUUUUGACUCGCAUCUGUAAGAUUGUAGCUCUCCGUAGUGCUGCUUUGGUUUGUGCCGCCAUUGCUGCCAUGAUUCAGCAACAAGGACUCGACAGGCUUCAGGAUGGCCAUGAUAUUAUCAUUGGUAUCAAUGGGUCCACUUAUGAAUUCUACCCUUACAUGGCUGAACGCGUGCACCGCUCAUUGCGUAGCUGGUUUGGCACAGAGGUAUCUGACAAGAUUAGAAUGGAGAUCGCCAAAGACGGCGGAAGUAUUGGUGGUGCUUUGAUUGCCAUGUUGUGCAAUCAAGAGCAGUAG